AUGGGCUUCACCACUGGCUUCACCGGAGGCGUCACCCUCACCCUCGGCCUCGCCUACCUGACCGUCGUCACACACCAGCGCAACCGGGAACAGCAAGCCGCCCUCCUGCGGCAGCAGACCAUCCUACUCCGGGGUGCCAUCGACCCGCAGCCGCCUGUGCUGCCCCCGACGCGCACCGAGGUCGCGGCCAUCGAGCGCGCCAACUUUGUCGAGUCCGCCAAGGACCGGUGGAACGCCGAGAUCGAGGGCGCCGUGCGCUGGGCCCAGACCAAGGACUGGGACGAGGUGCGCGAGGGCGUCGAGACGGCCCUCGGCCGCCUGUGGAACCGCGCCACGGGCGGGCAAAACGUCGGGGAGGUCAUCGAUGCCAGGGCACAGCAGGCCGCCGGGAUCGUGAGGAACGACGCCGCGGGCGUCGCGGCAGCCGCGAAGAGCGCAUACGCCGACGCAAAGGCCAAGACAGAGGACAAGGCCGAUGCUGCCAAGGGCUCCAUCUUCAGCGCCAUCGGCAAGAGUGUGCAGCGCGCCAAGCAGGCUGUCGUCGGCGCGGAACAAAAGGUCGAGCAGGAGCUCAGCAGCUCGUCGCCACUGUCAUCAAGCGCGACCGCGCCCGAUGCCGUGGAGAAGGCGCUCAGGCAGCGGUUCGAGAAGCCUAGUGGCGAAGAGGUCACCAAGACUGUCGAGGAGGCGCUUGCGGAGCGGUACAGGCCGGUCGACCAGCGGGACAACACCAAGCUGAGGGCGUUAUGA